AUGGACGUUUCCCUCGAUAAUCUUUCAUCAUCGCAGAAGGAUGAGCUGAUGAGCACAAUCAAACAGAAGAUUGCGAUAGCAAACGCUCAGGAGCUAGUUACCAAAAUGACGGAAAAAUGCUUCAAAAAAUGCGUGGGCAAGCCUGGCCAAGAUUUGGACGGUUCGGAACAGAAAUGCAUCGCAAUGUGCAUGGACAGGUUUAUGGACUCUUGGAAUGUCGUUUCGAGAGCCUUAACUCAGCGCCUACAGCAGGAACAGUACAAAGGAUAA